AUGGGGCUCAUUAACUGGGUGCAAAAUCGCUUGAAUACCAAACAAGAGAAGAAACGUCCCGCAGCCACAGCCGCCGCCGCCGGUAGCUCGGCUCGCAAUGCUCCGGCACGGGAGCACUUCCGCGACCAGGAGUACGACGCUCGCGAUGAGAGGAGCGCCGGCGACUGGAGCAUGCUCUCCAUUGGGACGCUCGGCAACGAGCAGCCCACGGCGCCAGCGGAGGACCAGGCGGUGCCGGACUUCACCGUCGAGGAGGUGAAGAAGCUGCAGGACGCGCUGAACAAGCUGCUCCGGCGCGCCAAGUCCAAGUCCAGCGCCCGCGGCUCAACCGCCGGCGCCGGCGACGACGACCAGAGCCUGCCGCUCGACAGGUUCCUCAACUGCCCCUCCAGCCUCGAGGUCGACCGCCGGCUCUCGCUCAGGCUGCAGGCCCCCGACGCGGCGGGCCAGAACGGGGCGGAGUUCUCGCCGGACACGCAGAUCAUACUCACCAAGGCCAGGGAGCUCCUCGCCAGCACCACCGGCGGUGGCGGCGUGAAGCAGAAGUCCUUCAAGUUUCUCCUCAAGAAGAUGUUCGUCUGUGGCGGCGGCUUCGCGCCGCAGCCAAGCUUCAAGGAUCCAGUUGAAACAAAACUGGAGAAGUUAUUUAGGACGAUGCUUCACAAGAAGAUGAGCGCCGCGCGCCAGAGCAACGCGGCAUCUUCGUCAAGGAAGUAUUACCUAGAGGACAAACAAAUGGAGAAGAUCCAAAUGGAUGGUUGCUACGAGGAGGAGGAUGACAACGGAGAAGAUGUUUCCAAGUGGGACAAAACAGAUUCAGACUUCAUUGUUCUUGAGGUGUAA